AAAACAAACAUUUUUACUUUUUAUUCACACGUCCCCGUGCCAGUCCGUUUCUAAUGGCACAAGGUGUUAACUUCGUUGGUUUUGUUAAUAUUUAUUAACAUAAUUUGUUUUCACCCAAUGGUGCGCAGUUUGCCGAGUUAAAAAUAAUAAAGGAAAUCGAACGCAGACCGCUUCGAAGAAAUUAUGAUAUUUCCCGUCGACUUGGUGCAGCGGCUGGGGGUGGGGGGGCGGCUGGUGCCGUUUUUCAAGUGCGUGUGCGUGUACUUCGUGGCGCAGGGCGCGGGCGACGGCGCGCCGUCGGCGGGCGCGGCCGCCGCCAAGUGUGCGCCCGUGCUGUGCCUGCUCCUGGUCGUGCUCCUGCAGCACGCCGCGCUGCCCUACCACGAGGGCGCGUACGCGCGGCGCGUGGCGGCGGGGCUGGCGCUGUCGGCGCUGGGGGACGCGCUGCUGGUGUGGCCGCAGCACUUCGUGGCCGGCAUGCUGGCCUUCGCGGCCGCGCACGUCUUCUACCUGGCGGCCUUCCGCGGCGGCCGGCGCGCCCUCUGGCUGGGCGCCGCGCUCUACUGCGGCGCGGCCGCCUACCUGCGCGCGCUGGCGCCGCCGGCCGGGCUGCGCGCGCUGGUGCCGCUGUACGCGCUGCUGCUGGCCAGCAUGGCGUGGCGCGGCGCGGCGCGGGGCGGCGCGGCUGCGGCGGGCGCGCUGCUGUUCCUGCUGUCCGACGCCAUCCUGGGCUACCACCUAUUCGGCGCCGCGGUGGCGCACGCGCAGGUGGCAGUCAUGUCUACUUACUACCUGGGUCAGCUGGGCAUCGCGCUCAGCGCGCUGCAGGAGCGGCCGGGGCCCUGA